AUGGAGUCGAUAAAGGCAAUUGGACCAGAUGGAAAAGGAAGUGGAAAAGUUAUCCGGAUUACAAGAUUAUCCAGAGAGGAGCUGGAUGAAGCGGAACUAACGAUCUACAGACAGCUCCAACGAGAGCGGUAUCCUAAGGCGUUUGAAUCGCUACAGUUAGACAACACAAUCCAGCCCAAGGAGAAAAUCGCUGCACUUUUUCCAAUCUGGGACGCCAGAGACCGUCUCGUUCGAAUCCAUGGGAGAGUAUCACUUGCCCUAAGAGAUAGAAACAUCGAUCCCCCAAUUUUGCUUCCUGCAUCACAUAUAGUAAUCACUUUCUUAAUUACAGACAAACACGAGUCGCUACUACAUGCAGGAGCGAAAGUAACACUAUCCGAGUUAAAAGAAAAAUUCUGGAUAGUCAAGGGACGACAGCAAGUGAAAAAGACUUUGUUUACUUGUGUGGAAUGUAAAAAGUUGACAUCACCACCAUUCCAGGAAUUAGCAGCCCCUCUUCCUUUAAACCGACUCAAACAUGCACAAUCUUUUCACGUUACAGGAGUCGAUUUCGCUGGACCACUGCUGUACAAACCAGCACAGCGAAGGAAGAAAAGGAAAGCUCCACCAGGCGUCCAGGAUCCGACGCCAGCAGACGAUCCAACUGAAGAGCGAAUCGAGGAGCCACCCGCUGAAGGAGACGCUCCAAACGAAGCUCUAAUCGUAGGCGAAGAGGAUUCAAUCGAAGAAGAUGUCGAAAUCCAAGACAUUUUAAUAACAACAACUAAAGCUAAGAAAACGAACCAUCUUAAAAGUUAUGUUUGUCUUUUUACGUGUGCAGUCACUCGAGCGGUUCACUUGGAAUUACUACCCGAUAUGACGGCACGUUCCUUCUUACUAGCCUUCAGAAAAUUCGCAGCUAGACGAGGACCCGUCUCAGUGAUGUAUUCGGACAACGCGCAAACUUUCCGAUGUGUUGAACGAUUCCUGAGAACUAUCCAUGCCGAUCCAACCAUUCAAGAUUUCCUCGCGUCCAGAAAAACCCUUUGGAUAUUUUCCGCCAGCCUAGCGCCAUGGUGGGGAGGAUUCUGGGAACGGAUGGUGAGGAGCGUCAAGGAUCUGCUGCGACGCUCCAACGGUCGAGCCUGCCUUGACUACAUGGAACUGGAAGCGAGUCUAGCAGAAAUCGAGAGCGUAAUCAACGCCCGCCCACUCAGCUAUAUUGGGGAAGGAGCUGACGAUCCACUUCCGAUAACUCCAAACCAAUUUCUAAACAACAGACGUUCUACUCGUGCCGAUCCGGAGCCAGCCGUUAACUUGCUAGCUCCAACAUCGACCAGCAUCGUACUACAAGAGAUGGACAAGAACAGGAGGGAAUAUGUCGCUGACAUCUGUGCUAGAUUCGUCGACGAUUAUCUACUCCAACUAGACAACUUCCACUCCAAAGGAAAAUCCGGAAGGAAGAUCCGCCUAGGAGAAGUCGUCGUUAUCCACGACGAAAACUCCAAACGACUCAUGUGGUCUACCGGAGUAGUGAAGGAACUGAUUCCAAGCCGCGACGGACUCAUCCGCUCUGUCAUGCUCAAGAUUCCAAAUGGUAAUUUAAUUAAUAGAGCCAUUCAAUGUCUUCACCCUAUAGAGCUGCGAGAAGAUCUCGCCGAAGACGUCGAAAUUGGAAAUCCGGAACCGAUCCGGGAGCCGGAAGAGGAUCCAAAUCCAACUCUGCCAGAGCCAGAAAUCGAUCUCGCUGUCGGAGACGCUACGCCAGCUCCCGAAGAACCGGAAGACGUCGUCGGAGAUGUCGAGCCGGAUGCUACGGGCUCUGGUGGGGAGUGUGUUAGGAAUAUUCCAUUCCAACAGACGACGAGAUCAGGACGCCGCACAACAACUCCGGCGCACCUACGCGACUAUUGCCUUGGGGGCCCCCGAUAG